AUGAUGCAAGCACUGGAGAACUGCACCACAGAGAAUCCCACAGUGUACCUUUUCUUCUCCUCCUUCAUCACUGUGGUGUUCAUUCUGGCUCUGCCUUUGAACCUGACCAUCCUGUAUACUUUCGUUUUCAAAUUUAGAUUUUGGAGAGACAACAUCUUGAUCUUAAACCUGGUCUUGGCCGACUUACUAUUACUGAUCACCUCGCCAAUGAAAAUAUACAAUUUCAGCCAUAAUCUGAGAAGGAGCGAGGAUGACGCAACAUGCAAAACUAUGCUCUUCAUGCUGUUCCUAAACCGAGGUGCCAGCAUCGUCUUCCUGACGGUCAUCUCCAUCGACCGCUACUUCAGUGUGGUUCACCCCAGAAAGAAGAACCUCCUCAAGGUGAUGAAAAAGUCGCCUCUCAUUUCUGUCCUAAUCUGGGUGCUGCUGCUCCCGUUGACCGUGCCCACCACGCUAAGGACCUUCGAGUGCUGCAACAGCCACGGCCGCGACGAGGACAAUUUCACCGACACCCUGAGGGAGAUUGUGUUUUUCACCCAGAUUCUCAUCCCUUUCGCCAUCCUGGUCUUCUGUACAGUGCAGGUCGUGCGGAGGCUAAAGAGGAAGACAGUGGGGAACAAGACAAAGCUUCGCAGAGCGGUGUUUCUGGUCACCUCCGUUGUGCUUGUUUUUUCUGUCUGUUUCCUUCCCUGCACCAUAUCGAGAAUGACCCUGCUGAUCGCAAGAGUCAACGAGCUGCACAAUGUAGAAAGAAUUGCAGUUCAGUUCUUUGAUGGUUUCACAUGCUUAUCCUACAUGGACUGCUUGCUGGAUCCACUAGUGUUUUGCUUCUGCAGCACCAAAUUCAAAAAUGUGUACAUAUCGAACAUGGCAAACUGUGCAUUUCUUCUGAAGAGGAAGAAGCCCAAAGAUAUGAGACAAGUGCCAACAACUUGCACACUGAACCAGUCAGCACCUUCUUCAACUAUGAGUUAG